CGACACUUCUGUUCGUUAACGAGUGUAAUUGUUGUCGAUUAGGUUGCUGAUUAGUUAAAAUAAAUAUAUAAAAUAGUAAAUAGUAUAAGAAAUUCAUAUUUGAUAGAUGGUUGAAAAACGAAUUUAAGUAAGACUAACUUGCAUUGAUAAAAGAGUAUAAUACAGACAAACUUGUUUUAAGCUGAUGCUUUAAAUGUGUUGCAGUUUAAGCUAUUUAAUAGGUCAUCUUUAUGUUGUUUAGUUAGUUAUGUAAGAAACAAUAGCAUUGACAAACACAAAACCAUAGGUGUGGUGAAACAAAAUUAAAAUCGGAGUCAAUGGCGGAUAUGGAACUUUUGACGUCGUACUACACGGGCAUUAUAACGUCUCGCUUAGAUCGUGAUGACGAAACCUUGCGCAACGGAGUCCAACACACGUGUUUCCACGAGAUUGGCGAGAUUGUGAAGCGAAGACAUGUUCAAGGAUCAUGCUUACUCACGGUGCUGGGAUACAUUCUUAUUGGAACAAUGACCAUAAGCCAAGUUCCACAGAUUUUCAAAAUCCUUCGAAAGCGUAGCACCCUUGGUGUCAGUUUCUGUAGUCACCUGUUACUACUACAAGCCUCGUCAUCUACAGUAGCAUAUGCAAUCUACAACAGAUUCCCAUUUAGCGCGUGGGGCGAACACAUUGUGCUGAUGUUCAUGUUCGUGGUGUUGGUGUGCCUCCUCUUGCAAUACAACAAACGGCCAGUCGCCUCUCUGGUGUUCAUGACGGUAUAUAUCCUGUGUAUGGUGCUGCUGCUAUGGCCAACCGUGCCACAACGUCUAGUACAGACGCUGUAUCUUCUAAGCAUGCCAGCCAUGGUAUUAAGUCGGGUGCUGCAGAUGUAUAAGAUACACAGGACGAAGUGUACCGGGCAGCUGUCGGCAACCUCGUCGUUUCUGUGCAUUUUCCAAGGACUUGGCAGAAUAACUACAUCCAUAUUAACCACUGGUGACCGCCUUAUGAUCAUUGCUUUUGCCAUUGGUAGUUUAUUUAAUGUUUUAUUGUUUUUGCAAGUUAUGUUUUAUAGACGAAAAACUAAGAAAGUUGCAUAGUAUCCCCAUCUGAAAUAUUGAGAUGUUUUUAUAGUUAUAUUGUAUACGGCGGAUACAGUCUCAUACAUUGUUUGAUUCAUCAUUACACUUCCUAAUCUAUGCUGCCUUUGAUGUAAAUAUGUUUUAUGAUCAGACAAUUCUUGUGUUAUAGUCAUAGUGUACAUAUCUUAUUGACAUUAUAUGAUACGAUAUACCGCUUAUUCGAUACAUAUUGAUUAUAUCUUGCUCCUAUGAAGCCCGACAUAUAAUCUAUAUGUUGUUUGUGUUUUUAAUAUUUACGAUUUACUUUUUUUUUAAAUGUUGUUUUUUGUUGUUGUGUUGUUUGGUUGGUUUCUAUCUUUUAAAAAUACAGUUUGAACCGUG